AUGGCAGAAGCCGAGCGUCCUCAAAAGAUUCUAAAGACAGUUUCUGAAGACAGAAUCAGUUCGUUGCCUGACGAUUUGCUCAUACGUAUAUUAUCCCGUGUUCCGACCAAAGAUGCAGUGGUCACCACGACAUUGUCUAAACGAUGGCGUUUCGUGUGGACGAUGUUGCCAAUACUUGAAUACAAAGAUAUCAAAAACAGUGACACAGAAAGCAAGAGUGUUUGGUGGUUUCUUGACCAGUCCAUGCGAUUAUACAACCCAGCAAUAUUAGAACGUUUGUGUAUUCAACUCGGUCCACAAUGUCCCGUAGAUGUUGAUGUUGUAAAUUGGGUUGCGAAAGCAGUUGAUUGUCACGUGCGUCGGCUAUUUUUCCAGCUCCUUUGGAAAAGCGAGCCAGUCCCAUUGCCUAGAAGCCUUCACACUUGCAAAACACUUAAGGAACUGACUCUUUCCGAGAAAAUUAUAGUGGAUGUUCCGUGUCCAGUCUCUCUCCCAUUACUUGAAACACUUAAUCUUCUCACUGUUGUGUACAAAGACGAAGAGUCUCAUGUUAGGCUUUUAUCAGGUUUUACCAUUCUCAAAUAUCUCAAGGUGGUUCGAAUUUAUGGUGUGGAUGAUAAUGUAAGAAAUUUCAUUGUCAAAGUUCCUUCUUUACGGAGCUUAACUUAUUCACAAAAGUAUCAAGAAGAUGAAGAUGAAGAUGAAGAUGAAGAGGAUACUGAUGGGUCUUUAGUUAUAGACACCCCGACUUUAGUGUAUCUGGAGAUCACUGACACUAUGGCAAACACUUGCUCGCUUAAGUAUAUGCCUAGUCUUGUUGAAGCAUUUAUUAAUUUUAAAUUCGACCUUGAUGGCAACUUUCUGAGAUCUCUUUCUUCAGUCAAGCAUCUGUUCUUAGUUUUGGACAAUUCAAUGGUUCCAAGCGCCGUUAACUACCCUCGACUUACACAGUGUGAUAUAGUUCUAUUUGACACAGGCUUGUGUGAAUCACUUGUGGUUUUGCUCUCUAGCUGUCCUAAACUAGAAAUUUUUACGGUCAACUGUGAACCAGAGAUUGAUCAAGAGCUUGACCGUGUCCCACAUUUAUGGAACCAACCGCAUUCUGUUCCAGAAUGCUUGUCAUCUCAUCUCAAGAUCUUUGGAUUGAAAGGAUAUGCAGGUAGAGAAGAUGAGAAAGAAUUCACAAGAUACAUUCUAGAGAACUCCAAGUGUUUAAAGAUGGCAGGAAUCUUGCCAAAUUCAACCUUGAGUGCUGAAGUGAAACACAAAAUGACGGAGGAAAUAAAAUCCAUGUGUAAGGUUUCAACUGAGGUGCGUCUACUAUCUGAUCGAAUGUGGUAUUCAGACGUUUGUACUGUGACCAAUAACUUUGUCAGUUUGACAGAAGAUUUUUUUCAAUAG